AUGUCCGCCGACAAACCCCAAUUCGACAUCGGUCACCAGCCAAAUGUCCAGCACCAGCAGUUCCCCGGAACGCAAACCAAGAUGGACCCAGCCCCGUCGACCGAACACGUCCCACAGCCAGACGGCGGUUACAAGCUCUACCAAGCAGCCGGCAAGCUCAAAGACAAGAAAGCCCUCAUCACUGGCGGAGACUCCGGCAUUGGACGUGCUACGGCCGUUCUCUUCGCCAUGGAAGGUGCCGACAGCUUCAUCGCCUACCUCCCAGACGAGCAGAAAGAUGCAGAAGAGACGAAGCAAUUGGUAGAAAAGUACGGACGCCAGUGCUUUCUGUAUCCUACCAAUCUGAAAGAGCGGAAAAACUGCGAGGCGGUGGUGAACGAGGCGUUGAAGCAGUUGGGUGGAAUUGAUAUCCUCUUCAACAAUCAUGCGUAUCAGAUGAUGACCAAUGAUAUCCAUGAGCUCAGUGAGGAGCAGUGGCUGCAUACCUUCGACACCAACAUCCACCGUGAGCUACCAUAUUCCAAACUUUACCCCUCACCAGAUGGCUAACCCAAUCAUAGCCUUCUUCUACAUCUCCAAAUACGCCCUCCCUCACAUGAAGAAAGGUGCAGCAAUCAUCAAUAACGCGUCCGUAAACGCCUACGUCGGUCGCCCAGAUCUGCUCGACUAUACUUCCACCAAAGGCGCAAUCGUAGCCUUCACUCGCGGCCUCUCCAACCAAUACGUCCACAAGGGAAUCCGUGUCAACGCGCUCGCUCCAGGUCCAGUCUGGACACCUCUCAUCCCAUCCACGAUGACCGACGACGCGAUCAAGCAGUUCUCCAGCCCAAUGGGACGUCCAGGUCAACCCAGCGAGAUCGCGUCGUGUGCGGUGUUCUUGGCUAGCACGGAUAGCUCACAGUUGAGCGGACAGACCAUACACUGCAACGGUGGUGUUAUUGUGAAUGGCUAG